CCUUUUUUGAAUUUCCAUCAUCACAGUGAAAAGAUGUCAACGAUUCCCUUUCAGCCCAAUUAUCAGCUCAAUGGGGAUUUAGACGUCCCAGAUUCCGAGCAGACAGGCCUUCCUGGGAACCCUCGGAUCAGGCUUGACGACCCGCCCCAGCUCAAUUCCUUCAUCAAUAAAGACUUCGGUCUGGGAGAUCUCGAAAGACUUGCCCCUCAUCUGUGGCUCUUGUCCAAACAUGACGGAGGCAACAUAUCUCCUCUACACCGGCAAUUUGUAAAAGGCCGCAGAAUAGUUACGACUGAGGAUAUUCGGCUGCACCUGGUCUGGUAUUACGAUCGAAUCUUCAUCAAACCUCUUCCACAAUACAUAACGUCGCACGCAUUCUGGUCCGAGUACCUCAUAUCCAGUCCAUUAAACCCGAGCAGAGCACUAAAUCAAAAGGACGAAAUCCGCAAGACGGUAUUGGGAUACUUACGAACUUAUUCCUACCUUAUCACACACGAAUCAGACUUCUAUAUUGCUCAAGAACAACGCCUUAUUCCCAAAGAUGUGACCUGGACGCAACUCUCGAACUUUAUGAUGCGAUUCGGGAGUAUUAUAGAUGACGACGUCGCCAGGAGAUUCCACUAUGGCGAGCUGCGACUCACCAGACUCAAUUUCUACUCUCGGCUUAUCCUCCACAAACGCCACUUCCAGCGAGUACACAGCCAAUAUGGAUCCUAUUUCGCGACGUUCUAUGGUCCUCUGCUGUUUACCUUCGCUACGCUUUCGCUGCUCCUGAAUGCUAUGCAAGUCGAGAUGGCCGUGGAACAAGUGAACUUGAGGAAUCAAUGGUUCGGGUUUUGGGAUGCCUGUCGUGGAUUCAGCAUCACGUGUUUGGUGCUUACGAUAAUGUUGAGCUUGUGGUUGGCGGUUUUAUUUCUCUAUAAGUUUGUUAUGGAGUGGGUGUAUGCUCUCAGUCAGCAACGGAUGAGACAAGCUUCUAAUCUCACUGUAUAAUGUUGCGGUAUAAAUAGUCAAAACAUAUGAUAUAUCACGAAAUUAUUUAAGCCUUAAAGGCCCC